CGACAACCCUGCGAUGUAGUCCGUGGUUUAUACGACGGGGUUAGGCGCUGGAGGCUAAGCCUGCUUUGGAUUUCCAGGCUGCAACAAGAAGAAAGCCCGUCUCCUUCGACGCCUCGCUGCCCAAAUCCGCCGUUCCGCUUCCUGCUGCACCGGCUUGCCUGGGGCCCGACUUCUUCCUCGGUUUACACCACUGCCAGCCCGCUUCACUUUUAUCCUUCCGGGACAGAGGGAGGGGGGAGGAGGGAACUGAAAGCGAAAGCGGAUCCUUGCCUUUAACAGACGGCGCCCCACCCGCCGCCUUUGGCCCACGGCGGGGUUUCGAGCUGCUGCCUUCUCCCCCUCCGCCCCCCGCAGCCGUCGGGGGCAAGUUUAGCAGCGGAGUCGGACUUCUCUUUGCUCCCUUUCUCCUCGGGGAAGGAGAGAACGCGAUGGCGGAGGAGAGGAAGAGGACCGUCCGCGACCGUCUGGCGGACGCCCUGGAGGACUUGAAGGAGUACGAUCUGAAGCAAUUCAAGUUCCAUCUGAACGCGCUCCCGGCCGAGGAGGGCUAUAGUAGCAUCCCCAAGGGGCGGCUGCAGAAGGCGGAUCGCUUGGACCUGUGCCGCCUGCUUCUCGGCUACUACGCCGAGGAUGGCGCUGUGGAGGUGACGCUCAAGGUGCUGGGAUGCAUCAACCGGAGAGACCUGCGGGAGAAGCUCCUGCGAGUCAAAGGCGGUGGUGCCCUCCUCGAUGGCUGCUUUGGUCUGAGGCAAUGGCAGCGAGAAAUCAGAAACAUUGGUGGAAGAGCGAAUCCUCCCUUUGAGAGAGAUGUUGCUUCACUUCGUUCUUUGAGAGAUCCUUCCUUCUCUCUCCGGCUCUUCACUUCAUUUGACAGCUGUGGGAUGGGAGACUUCAGGUUUGCAUCGACCAGAACCAAAACAGUCGGUGGCAAAAGCAUUACUAGAAGGAGGAUGGUUGAAAAUGGACAAGAAAGAGUAGAAGUUGAAGUUGACCAGUCAAGUACUUUAGCUAUAAAUGGAUCAUCUGCAACCAUCGGAGAGACAGAGGCCGUUGCCAGUUGCAAGAACUUAAAAAUCAAGGUUACUGAAGUGUUGGAUGGAGAGUUAUCUCAUUUGGUAGAGACAAAAGACAAUAUGGCAGGAAAGGUUUCGUCAGAAAAAAACACCAGGAGAAGGAGUACAGUGGCGAAGACCACGCACAGCCGUCUUUUGGGCACCCUAGAGAACUUGGCAAAUUACAAUUUGAGGAAAUUCAAGUACUAUCUCAACUCACUCCCAAUCAAGGAGGGCUACAGCAACAUCCCCAGAGGGCGAUUGGAGAAGGCAGAUCCCAUGGACCUGACCCAGCUGCUGCUUGGCUACUACAAUGAGCAUUAUGCUGUGGAGGUGGUCCUCACAGUGCUGAAAUCCAUCAACCAAAGAGAUCUGGAGAGGAAUCUUCUCGCUAUCACAGAGAAUGAUGGCCUCUUCGAUGGCUGGUGUGGUCAUGGACAAUGGCAGUGUGGAAACAGAAAUGGAGCCUCCUGUAGAUUUCCUUCCUUUGGGAGGGAUUUUGCUUCGCUUCGCCAUUUGAGACAAGGGGGUCUUAUUUCAUUCUCUCUCACGCUCUCUGCAUCAUUUGAUGCUCUUGGGGCAGGAGAUUUCAAGUGUGUAUCCACGUCAAUCGAAAUGGUUGAUGGCAGAAAACGCAUCAGAAAGAGAAUGAUUGAGAACGGACAAGAAAAUGAAGAAGUUGAAGACAUUGACCAAUUAAACCCUUUGGCUAUAACUGGAGGGUCACCUGCAAUCAUGAGAUUUCCAGAGGCAGCUGCAAAUUUCCAGAAUUUAAGAAAUGAGUUCUCCCAUGUGCUAGCAGGUGAUGUAUCUGUAAUUGAAGAGGAGGAUCUGGGGAGAGAAGUUUCAUCAGGAGGAGCCGCCGAAAGAUCUGCUUUGUGCACAAGUCAGAAUGGAGUGACCUCGUUCGGGGCACAUGCUCCUUCAAAAAGGACACCUGGUCUGGAGAUGUUCCACGAGAGGAUCCCCCAGAACUGCUUGGAGAACUUGCAACACAUCGGCAGAGGGGGCUUUGGAACCGUCUUCCGAGCUCAGCACAAAGAAAAGGGGAUUGUGGCGGUGAAGAUUUUCCACCGCACCAAUGUACCCAGCGCAAAUGUGUCCUGCAUCCGACAGCAAGCCCUUACUGAGGCCCGCUUCAUGGAUGAGGCAUCUUUCGCCCCUAUCCCUCGUCUUUAUGGUCUCUACGAGAAGGGAAAUGAAGUGGGCCUAGUGAUGGAGUAUGUGGAGAACGGCAACUUGUCUGGCUUGCUGUCCAGUUAC